ACAGACUUGAUGUCGCCAUUUUUUUGUCGACAGAAUUGAUUUACAAGCCAAAGUGUCUUUAAAUCUUUAAUAGAUUUAUAUAUGCUUAGGCAGGAAUUUGUUUGUAGCUACCUGAUGGAAAUAUAAAUCGAGUCAGUGGAGAUCAAACUGAUCAGAUCCAUCAUGGAUGAAACUGAAACAUCUGGAGAUGAAGAGUUUUUUCCAGGAUGCAGGCACUUUGAUCCUGUUCAUCAGAAGAGAUCAGAAGCAGAGUCCAGCUGUGUGUCUGAAGAGUGACUGGUCUAUGGAUCGACCAAUAAGAUUUUGCAGUAGUGAUUCAAGGACUGGUCUCAGUUCAGUUCAUCAGAAGCAGAGUCCAGCUGUGUGUCUAUGAAGAGUGACUGGUCUAUGGAUCGACCAAUAAGAUUUAGCCGUGGAGAUUCAAGGACUGGUCUCAGUCCAGUUCAUCAGAAGAGAUCAGAAGCGGAGUCCAGCUGUGUGUCUGUGAAGAGUGACAGGUCUAUGGAUCGACCAAUAAGGUUUAACAGAGGAGAUUCAAGGACUGGUCUCAGUCCAGUUCAUCAGAAGAGAUCAGAAGCAGAGUCCAGCUGUGUGUCUGUGAAGAGUGACAGGUCUAUGGAUCGACCAAUAAGGUUUAACAGAGGAGAUUCAAGGACUGGUCUCAGUCCAGUUCAUCAGAAGAGAUCAGAAGCGGAGUCCAGCUGUGUGUCUGUGAAGAGUGACAGGUCUAUGGAUCGACCAAUAAGGUUUAACAGAGGAGAUUCAAGGACUGGUCUCAGUCCAGUUCAUCAGAAGAGAUCAGAAGCGGAGUCCAGCUGUGUGUCUGUGAAGAGUGACAGGUCUAUGGAUCGACCAAUAAGGUUUAACAGAGGAGAUUCAAGGACUGGUCUCAGUCCAGUUCAUCAGAAGAGAUCAGAAGCGGAGUCCAGCUGUGUGUCUGUGAAGAGUGACAGGUCUAUGGAUCGACCAAUAAGGUUUAACAGAGGAGAUUCAAGGACUGGUCUCAGUCCAGUUCAUCAGAAGAGAUCAGAAGCGGAGUCCAGCUGUGUGUCUGUGAAGAGUGACAGGUCUAUGGAUCGACCAAUAAGGUUUAACAGAGGAGAUUCAAGGACUGGUCUCAGUCCAGUUCAUCAGAAGAGAUCAGAAGCGGAGUCCAGCUGUGUGUCUGUGAAGAGUGACAGGUCUAUGGAUCGACCAAUAAGGUUUAACAGAGGAGAUUCAAGGACUGGUCUCAGUCCAGUUCAUCAGAAGAGAUCAGAAGCGGAGUCCAGCUGUGUGUCUGUGAAGAGUGACAGGUCUAUGGAUCGACCAAUAAGGUUUAACAGAGGAGAUUCAAGGACUGGUCUCAGUCCAGUUCAUCAGAAGAGAUCAGAAGCAGAGUCCAGCUGUGUGUCUGUGAAGAGUGACAGGUCUAUGGAUCGACCAAUAAGGUUUAACAGAGGAGAUUCAAGGACUGGUCUCAGUCCUGCUCAUCAGAUGAGAUCAGAAACAGAGUCCAGCUGUGUGUCUGUGAGGAGUGACAGGUCUAUGGAUCGACCAAUAAGGUUUAACAGAGGAGAAUUGAGGACUGGUCUCAGUCCAAUUGAUCAGAAGAGAUCAGAAGCAGAGUCCAGCUGUGUGUCUGUGAAGAGUCACACGUCUACGGUUAGGGGAGGACAUUUCAAGACUAGAGUUACACGGCCUGGUCUCAGCAAUGAGAUCCUUAGAUCAAAUCUGCUGAAGAGGUUUGAGCGUCUGUAUGAGGGAACAGCGAUGCAGGGAAACUCAACACUGCUGAAAGAGAUCUACACAGAGCUCUACAUCACAGAGAGUGAGAGUGGAGAGAUCAAUAAUGAGCAUGAGGUGAGACAGAUUGAGACACAAUCCAGGAGAGCAGCAACAGAGGACACAGCCAUCAAAUGCAAUGACAUCUUUAGACCUUUACCUGGACAAGACAAAGCCAUCAGAACUGUGCUGACAAAGGGAGUCGCUGGCAUUGGAAAAACAGUUUCUGUGCAGAAGUUCAUCCUGGACUGGGCUGUAAGAAAAGAGAAUCAGGAUGUCCAGCUCAUAUUUCCACUUCCUUUCAGAGAAAUCAAUCUGAUGAAGACCAAAAAACUCAGUUUUUUAGAUCUUCUUCAUGUCUUUUUCCCUGAAACUAAAGAAAUGGAAAUAUCCAGUGAUGAAUAUAAAGUGUUGUUCAUCUUUGAUGGUCUGGAUGAGUGUCGUCUCUCUCUGGACUUUAAGAGUAAAGUGAAACUGUUUAAUAUAUCUAAAUCAGCCUCAGUGGACGUGCUGCUGACGAACCUCAUUGUGGGGAAUCUUCUUCCCUCUGCUCUCAUCUGGAUCACCUCCAGACCAGCAGCAGCUGAUCUCGUCCCCUCUGAGUGUGUCCAUCGAGUGACAGAGGUACGAGGCUUCAAUGACCCACAGAAGGAGGAAUACUUCAGUAAGAGAAUCAAUAACUUGUCUCUGGCCUAUAGGAUCAUCUCACACCUGAAGUUAUCAAGAAGCCUCUACAUCAUGUGCCACAUCCCAGUCUUCUGCUGGAUCUCAGCCACUGUUCUAGAGAAGAUGUUGAGUCGAGCAGAGACUGGAGAGAUUCCCAAGACUCUCACUCAAAUGUACACACACUUCCUGAUCCUUCAGACCAACAUCAAACAUGAUAAGGACUAUGAGGAGAACAUGACCAAUGAAGACAUGAUCCUCAAACUGGGGAAACUGGCUUUUCAGCAGCUUGUGAAAGGAAACCUGAUCUUCUAUGAGGAAGACCUAAAAGAGUGUGGCAUUGAUGUGACAGAAGCAUCAGUGUACUCAGGAUUGUGCACUCAGAUCUUCAGAGAGGAGUGUGGCUUAUAUCAGGGGAAUGUCUUCUGCUUUGUUCAUCUGAGCAUCCAGGAACACCUAGCAGCUCUAUAUGCACACCUCUCUUGUACAAUCGACAACAUCAAUGUGUUUGGCCAACACAAACAAAGUUGGUUGUCUACAAUUUUGUACUGCUUCCAAAAUAAUUCAUCAAUAUGUGUUUCAUUAUCUGAGCUUAACCAGAGAGCUGUUGAUGAAACUUUACAGAGUAAGAAUGGAAAUCUGGAUCUUUUCCUGCGUUUUCUUCUGGGUCUCUCACUGGAGACCAAUCAGACUCUCUUACAAAAACUACUGACACAGACAGGAAGCUGCUCCUACAACAAAGAGGAAACAGUUCAGUACAUCAAACAGAAGAUCAGGGAGAAUCACUCUCCAGAGAAAUCCAUCAAUCUGUUCCACUGUCUGAAUGAACUGGGUGAUGAUUUACAGAUGCAGCAUAUCCAAGAUUAUCUUAAAUCUGGAAAAAUAAAACGAAACAAACUCUCUUCUUCAGAGUGGUCAGCUGUGGUUUAUGCAUUGCUGACUUCAGAGCAGAAGACAGAUGUUUUUGAUCUGAAACAGUUUAUUGGAGCACGACAUUCAGUAGAUGAAGUUCUUCAGAAUCUGUUACCUGUGGUUAAAGAAUCCAGAUCAGUUCGGCUACAGUUCUGUAAUCUCACUGCUCAGUGUUGUGAGAGUUUGUCUUCAGCUCUACAAUCCUCAAACUCUGUCCUGAGAGAGCUGGACCUGAGUAACAAUGACCUGCAGGAUUCUGUAGUGAAGCUGCUUUCUGAUGAACUGAAGAGUCCAAACUGUCAGCUGCAGAUACUGAGGCUACAGUUCUGUAAUCUCACUGCUCAGUGUUGUGAGAGUUUGUCUUCAGGUCUACAAUCCUCAAACUCUGUCCUGAGAGAGCUGGACCUGAGUAACAAUGACCUGCAGGAUUCUGAAGUGAAGCUGCUUUCUGAUGGACUGAAGAAUCCAAACUGUCAGCUGCAGAUACUGAGAUUGUCUGGAUGUAUGGUGACAGAGGAAGGCUGUGGUUAUGUGUCUGCAGCUCUGAGUUCAAACCCCUCACACCUGAGAGAGUUGGAUCUGAGCUACAAUCACCCAGGAGAUUCAGGAGUCAAGCUACUCUCUAAAAAACUGGAGGAUCCAAACUGCGCACUGGACAAACUCAAUGUGGACCAUGGAGGAGAAUCCAGAAUUACAGCAGGAAUAAAAAAAUAUGCCUGUUUUCACAAACUGGAUCCAAAUACAGCAAACCCUGAACUAAUUCUGUCUGAGGAGAACAGAGAAGUGACCUGUGUGAGAGAGAAACAGUCGUAUCCUGAUCAUCGAGACAGAUUUGAUGUGUAUCAUCAGGUGUUGUGUAGAGAGAGUGUGUGUGGACGCUGUUACUGGGAGAUUAAGUGCAGUGGAAGUAAAGAUGUGUGUAUAUCAGUGUCAUAUAAGAGCAUCAGGAGGAAGGGAGCGGGUUAUGAGUGUUUGUUUGGAUUUAAUAAUCAGUCCUGGAGUUUGUACUGCUCUCCUGACAGAUACUCAUUCAGACACAAUAAGAUAAAGACUGUUCUCCUGUGAAGCCCAUCAGCGGAAUAGGAGUGUAUGAUGGUGAUGAUUGUGAUGAUGAUGAUGAUUAUUAUGAUGAUGAUGUCAGUAGAAUAGGUGUGUUUAAUGAUGUCAGAAGAAUAGGAGUGUAUAAUGAUGUCAGAAGAAUAGGAGUGUAUGUGGAUCACAGUGCAGGAACUCUGUCCUUCUACAGCGUCUACAAAAACAGAAUGAGACACAUCCACACAGUCCAGACCACAUUCACUCAGCCGCUCUGUCUUGGGUUUUAUGUUUAUGGACCAUCAGUGAAACUGUGUUGAUGAAUCAGAUUAGAUUAAUUAGAGAUUCUACCCAUAAUGCUUUGGGCUGCAUGAUGAAUGAACAGUGAGAUGUUAUAGAGUCUCUUCAUGACAUUAAUGCUGCAGCUGUAUGGCGUUAUUUUAAUGACAAAUGUCAAGAGCGCAUUAUUGUAAGGCGAAAGCAUAUUAAUAGAAUGUGCGAAUGCAAAUCUCUCUGCUCGCACGCGGAUUUCCUUUGCUCUCGCACAAAACCAGAUGCGCGUGCUCAGAUAGACGCUGCUCUCGAAAGACUGCGCGCACUUAAAACUCAUCUCCAGGUUUCUUCCAUAGACUGUAAAAAAAGAUGGACGACGCGUCUCCACUUCCUUCCACUAUAGAAAAGUGAAGCGAAUGCAUCUCAGUAUGGCUGCUGCCAUCUUGAGUAAAUGACGUCAUUUGGAGCCCGAGUCUGCGCAGUAGUGUCGUGAGGUGGAGCCGCGGUAUCAAACUCCCGCCCAAACUCCCGCAGACCCAAUCAACCAUAACGACACACCACGUUCUUAUAGCCUCAAAUUACUAGCUAAAAUCUAACUUAUCACAAAAACGAACAAUUGAACAUACAGGUGCAUCUCAAUAAAUUAGAAUGUC